AAUCUUGCCGCCAAAUACCAACAGCUGGCGCAAGGCCCGCCCUUGCAACAGCAGCAGUACUUGUUACUGCAACAACAGCAACAGCAACAACAACUGCAAGAGUCUUAUAGUGAAAUGAACCCGUCGACGCUCUUAGCACAGACCUUUCAAGCCACAUCAAUAAACCUCGGGCCAUCCCUUCUGGCUACCGUUUAUUGGCAAAACCAAAUGCAGUUGGCUCAGUUCUCGCGCAAAACUAGCCAGCAGCCACACUUUUAUGCCAGACAAUCGGCCGCCUCGGCGCGCAAGAAGGGCUUCAUGGGCACGGACACAACGGCCAAGCCCACUACGCUCGUGGAUGUCACCAAGGGCUUGCUCACGACUGCUGAUGAUGGCGAAAAGCAGGCCCAGUCGGCGAACCCGUUGCUUCAGAACAAAAAGCUGGUGAUUGACGACGAGGAGCACGAGGAGGAAGCCUUGAAGCAGCAGUACGACCAGAAGCAAUUGUGGUCGGGUUUGGACUUGGGGGGCCAGGGUGUAAUGAGCUUGAGCCCUAACCUCUUCCGGUACUCCUUCCUCACCCGUUUAUACCUCUGCAACAACAAGCUCACCGCGAUCCCCGAGGCGGUGUCCAAGUUAAAGAACUUGAGUGUGUUGGACUUGUCGAACAACCAGAUCAGCACGCUUCCGGCCGAGAUGGGUACGUUGUUCAGAUUGAAAUAUCUCUACUUGUUUGACAACCAGAUCAACCAGAUUCCGUUCGAGUUCGGCAACUUGUUCAAGUUGGAAUUUUUAGGGAUUGAGGGCAAUCCCUUGGACUUGGACACCGCCAAGCUCUUGGCCGAACGCGGCACCGCCAGACUAAUUCUCCACUUACGUGACAAUGCUCCCGAGUGCGCGCCGCCAAAGGAGCGUGAGUGGAUCUUGUUGCAUGACGACGGCGAGCCAAUUACCGACCAGGAUGAGUAUGCCCGUGCAGUGGCCGACUCCGACAAGAAACUGGCCUCGUUUACGUUAAUGUCGUACAACACGUUGUGUCACCACUACGCGACGCCCAAGAUGUACAAGUACACGCCGCUGUGGGCGUUGGAGUGGAACUAUCGCCGCGAGCAGUUGCGCCAGCAGAUCCUCGGCUUCGACAGCGACGUUUUGUGUCUCUAUGAGGUGGAGACUAAGAUGUUUGAGGACUUCUGGAGCCCGCUUUUCGCCGAGCAUGGCUACCGCGGCGUCUUCUACUGCAAGACGCGUGCCAAGACCAUGAGUGAGAAGGACUCGAAGAAGGUAGACGGGUGUGCCACCUUCUACAAAUGGAAGAAGUUUGACUUGUUGGAGAAAAAGAACAUCGAAUACACGGGCGCCGUCUUGGGCCAAGACAAGUACAAGAAGACGGACGAUGUGUUUAACAGGUUCAUGAACAAGGACAACAUCGCCUUGGUCACGCUCUUGAGACACAUCGACACCGGAAACAAGAUUGUUGUCGCCUGCACGCACUUGCACUGGGAUCCAAAGUUCAACGAUGUCAAGACCGUGCAGGUGGCGGUGCUUUUGGAGGAGUUGACCGGCUUGGUCAAGAAGUACAACCAUGUCCACGGGCCGAACGACUCCGUCAAGAACUAUCCGUUGAUCAUUUGCGGUGACUUCAACUCGGACGUGGACAGCGCCGUUUACGAGUUGUUCUCCCAAGGCUCUGUUUCCAAGCAUCUCGACACGGACGGCAGAGACUACGGGAAAUUUACCGAUGAGGGCUUUCACCACCAGUUCAGCUUGCGCUCCGCCUAUGAUAGCAUCGGCGAGUUGCCCUUCACCAACUUGACCCCCAGCUUCACCGACGUCAUUGACUACAUCUGGUACUCCACCACCACCUUGUCUGUCAAGGGUUUGUUGGGCAAGAUCGACCCGGCCUACCUCAAGAAUAUUAUCGGGUUUCCGAAUGCACACUUCCCGUCGGACCAUAUCCCGUUAAUCUCCCAGUUCAGCUUUAAGAAGGCCAGGGACACCUCCAAGGGCAACUACAAGCCGGACUUCAAGUCUGGCUCUAGAAAGGUUUAGCCUGUUCUUCCAGUCGAUUCCCCCGCUGAAAGAUCCCCUUUCUCCUGUACACUAAUCGGGUUUAUGUCUCAUUUAAUUUGCUGUUCUUUACUUCUUGGGGGUUUCCCCUUUGUUUAAUGAUUCGUCUGGCCUACAUUUCUUUCGUCGCGCAAUCUCACAUUUUCUGUUUCUUUUUGUAUUGUUUCUUUUUGUUUCUUUUUGUUUUCUUUUUCCACCUCUAGGUGUAUAUAUAAAAUCCUUUACGACCUG